AUGGCUGAAAGAGGGGACCUCAGUGACUUUGAAAGAGGGGUGAUUGUUGGGGCGCGUUUGGCGGGAGUUUCAGUGACCAAGACAGCUCAACUUCCUGAUGUUUCGCGAGCAACGGUGUCUAAGGUGAUGUCAGCAUGGAACUCCAAGGGAAAUACACCAUUAGUAAAGGGCAGCAGUGGGAGGAAGAGUAUAUUCCAGGGUCGUGCAUUAAUUCGAACUGCAAGGCAAAACAGGCAAGCAACCGCAAAUUUCAACCAGGGGCGAGAGCAACCAAUUUCAUCAAAGUCGAUUCGUCGAGAACUCCACAGGACGGGAUACCAUAGUCGGGUUGCAGUGCAUAAACCGCUCAUCACACCUGGCAAUGCACAGGCUAUGGACUACCAAGUAGUGGAGAAAUAUGAUAUGGUCAGCUGA